CCACGUGGACGCGCUGAGGGGCUGCGGGAUCUGCGGGACUAAAGGGCGGCCACCCGGGGCCGCCAGCGUCCCCGUCGCCGGGGGGUCGCGAUCCGCGUGCCCCAUCCGAAGUCUCGGGGUCUCGCGCCCGGGGAGGGGAGGGGUGGCCGGCGCCUCGGCGUCCGGGCGCGCACAUGGCGACCCCGGCGCACUCGCUCGGCUACGCGGGCUGCAACUUCUUACGACAGCGGCUGGUCCUGUCCACCCUGAGCGGCCGCCCCGUCAAGAUCCGGAAGAUUCGGGCCCGAGACGACAGCCCGGGCCUCCGCGAUUUUGAAGCCAGCUUCAUAAGGCUAUUGGACAAAAUAACUAAUGGCUCGCGAAUAGAAAUCAACCAAACAGGAACAACACUGUAUUAUCAGCCUGGCCUUCUGUAUGGAGGAACUGUGGAACAUGACUGUAGCGUCCUUCGAAGCAUUGGCUAUUACUUAGAAGGACUUCUUUGCCUGGCUCCAUUUAUGAAGCACCCGUUAAAAAUAGUUCUGCGAGGAGUGACCAAUGACCAAGUUGAUCCUUCAGUUGAUGUUCUUAAGGCAACAGCACUCCCUUUGUUGAAACAGUUUGGGAUUGAUGGAGAAUCGUUUGAGCUAAAGAUUGUACGACGUGGAAUGCCUCCCGGAGGAGGCGGCGAAGUGAUUUUCUCUUGUCCUGUAAGGAAGGUUCUGAAGCCUGUUCAGCUCACGGAUCCAGGAAAAAUCAAACGAAUUAGAGGAAUGGCGUACUCGGUGCGUGUGUCGCCUCAAAUGGCCAACCGCAUCGUGGAGUCUGCAAGGAGCAUCCUCAACAAGUUCAUACCUGAUAUCUAUAUUUACACAGACCACAUGAAGGGACUCAACUCUGGGAAAUCUCCAGGCUUUGGGUUGUCACUGGUUGCUGAGACCACCAAUGGCACCUUCCUCAGUGCUGAACUCGCCUCCAACCCCCAGGGUCAGGGAGCAGCAGUGCUUCCAGAGGACCUCGGGAGGAACUGUGCCCAGCUGCUGCUGGAAGAAAUCUACAGGGGUGGGUGUGUGGACUCAACCAACCAAAGUCUGGCCCUACUGCUCAUGACCCUUGGACAGCAGGAUGUUUCCAAAGUUCUGCUAGGACCACUUUCCCCUUACACGAUAGAGUUUUUGCGGCACUUGAAGAGCUUUUUCCAGAUUAUGUUUAAAAUUGAAACCAAACCCUGUGGUGAAGAACUCAAGGGUGGGGACAAAGUGUUGAUGACCUGUGUUGGCAUUGGCUUCUCGAACCUUAGCAAGACUCUCAAGUGACACCUUCACAGGAGAAGGCUGACAGACAAAGCAGAAGCUGCCAAGGACACCAAAGGGACCACAUCCAUACCACUCAACCCAGGACAGGAGAGCCACUUAUAUUACGACUUUCUUGAGUUUCUACUGAAAAUGUCAGCACGCAAAUACAAAUCAAGAACACCUUAUUUUCCAGCUGUUUCUCUGGUGCUGUUAAUAUUCUUCAGAGACUCAAUCAACCAGAGUUCCCUGGCCAGCCUGGGGGAAGGCUCACUGGGACAGUGUUUCUGUGUUUCCUCUAGCUCACAUCCAUCUCUGGCCUUCUGUCCUGUGGCUCUCACGCAUGCAUGGGCAGCCUGGUACAGCUCUUUCUGCAAGGACUUACAACUUUUUGACCAAAGUUUUCCGUCGUAAGGACCAAUGCCACGGUAUAUGGAAGUUUCAUAUGCAUCAGGCAGUGCUAUGCAAAUAUCGGAAAUUUCCAUACUGGACUUUUUUUUUUUUCUUUGGACUCAUGAAUGGGUUGUUUAUCAAGGACAUGUGAUUCAUUGUAAGUGGCUGGGCUGGAGAAGACAGUUAGGGAUGUGUCUAGGUAUUUUCUGUAUCACAGGUGUGCCAUAGAUUUUCUUAUUAUGUUCUUGUAAUAGCCCCAUCAUGCAAAUUCUUAUUACCACAAAAAAAAUUGAAAAAAGGGUAUUUUUGUUCUUUGGAUAUUUAUAAUGGAAAAAUAUUAGAUCUCAUCAUUUAAAAGUCUAAGUGGAUGACAGA